AUGUCUUUGCCUAAAUAUUACGACCUAGUUCACUAUAAUCACUGCAUUGGUCGCGCUGCCAGUCGCUGCGAUAUUCAGAUCCCCAAGGAGUACAUUAGUGGCUUGCACUGUAUUAUCAGAUUAUUGGGCAAAAAAAACAAUGAAACACCUUUUGUGGAGAUUGUAGAUCAUAGUCGCUAUGGUACGUGGGUAAAUCUGGACAAAGUUGGGCUUCAACGGACAGCAAGUUUAAAACAUAACGAUAAGAUUCAUUUUACACGUCCAGACGCUAAAAAUGGGACUGAGCUUGUCUAUAGAUUCGAGAUUUUAUGUAGUGGAUUGAUGAAAGUUAACGAGAAUCUUUAUGCGCAACUGAUUGCGGAUGAAAUGCCAGUGGCUAAUCGUACCAGGAAGCGCACACAUGAAGAGACACAGUGUACGCAGAGUCCAUUGAAGACAAAACUUUUGCCACCACCAGCUCGACCGGUAAAGAAAAGGAGACGGGAUAACGAGGAAGCGGUAGAGCCAGUCAGUGAGCCGCUUGCUGUUCAAUCAGCGUGGGACAGUCGUAGCUUGCAAAGGCCGACGGCAAAAGUUGCGGGCAGAAAGAGACGAAGCCCAGACGCGCUAGCACCAAACAGCAAUCUCGUGCAGUAUCGAAAGGGAUAUGAUAAGCUUCGAGAUAAUUUUAAGAAGGAACUGGAGCUGUUCCGAGAUGAGAAUGCAGCUUUGAAGAAAGCUUACUUGGAAGAGCUUGCUAAAGUGAAAGCUGAUGCUGCAGCCAAGCUUGCAAAGGUAAGAGCUGAGGCUGCAGCGAAUCUUGCAAAGGUAAAUGCUGAGGCUGCAACAAAUCUUGCAAAGGUAAAAGCUGAGGCUGCAGCGAAUCUUGCAAAGAUAAAAGCUGAGGCUGCGAAUCUUGCAAAGAUAAAAGCUGAGGCUGCGAAACUUGCAAAAGAAUUGCUCAAGUUGCGGGAGGAGCGAGACGGGCUUAAGCAAACGAUCAACCAAAUAUUACAAGGUCCCAACUUGCCUCGUAAAAAGCGAAAUGUUACCGACCUGAAAGCAAAGGUUCACGUACUAAAACGUACAAUCCGGGCUGGUCAAGACGACCUCACUUCUGAAACGCGUCAAGAGCGGGCUCAAAUGACCCCACUCUCCGAGAAACAACCCACGGAGAUUGGUAAAGAAGCAUGCGGAAGGACGACCAAUCAUAAAGCUUCUCCGGUACAUAUAAAAUGGCAACGUAUUGAAACCCAAGGGAAGAUUGACAAAGCUAUGAGAAAAAAAGAGAGCACGGUCUUAGUUAGCUCUGCCCUGUCGGUGUCGAGUCAGUCACAAGAUUCGAUAGACAGCGGGAUCCUACACAACGCUCAUCGCAGCAGCUUGCAGCUCUCAUUCGUCUCCAACGAACAUUCCGAACCAUCACCAGGCGAUAUACCGCAAAAGUUUGAUGCAGCUGCUAAAGAGACUAAAAACAGCAAUGUAUCUGAAGGCCGGUCGCUGAUGUUUAAUAUUUAUGGUGCAGGUAGUGCGACGGUAGAUUCACCUGGUAACAGACUUACGAUGCAUUGUCGUUCGCUGUUGUAUCGAACAUCGCUGAAAAGCAAUAGCGCAACGAUACAAGAAAGCCAAGGACAAAAAAAAGAUGUCAAGGAUAAAGAGCCCAAGGGGAGCGAGUGA